AUGAUCAUCAUUUCCCUGAUUGGACUGGCAGGAAACGCGGUGGUGCUGUGGCUCCUGGUCUUCCGCAUGCGGAGGAACGCCUUCUCUGUCUACAUCCUCAACCUGGCGGGAGCCGACUUCCUUUUCCUCUGCUGGCAGAUUAUACUUGCCCUGAAGACACUCAUCUACUACUUCCAUUACGCCUCCAUUGGCGUACUGCCCUCUGACGUCGUUGUGUUCACCUUUGCCUACAUCACAGGCCUGAGCCUUCUCAGUGCCAUUAGCACCGAGCGCUGCCUGUCUGUCCUGUGGCCCAUCUGGUACCGCUGCCACCGCCCCACACACAUGUCGGCUGUCCUGUGUGCCCUGAUCUGGACGGUGUGCCUGCUGCUGAGCAUCCUGGAAGGGAACUACUGUGGCUUCCUGUUUAGGAAUCGUGACCAAGAUUGGUGUCAGGCAUUUGAUUUCCUCAUUGUUGGGUGGCUGAUUUUCUUAUUUGUGCUUCUCUCAGGGUCUAACCUGGCCCUGGUCACCAGACUGCUGUGUGGCUCCCAGCGGGUGCAGCUGACCAGGCUGUAUGUGACUGUCCUGCUCACAGUGCUGGUCUUCCUCCUCUGUGGCCUGCCUUGGGGUAUCCUCCGGUUCCUCCUACUCUGGAUUAAGAAUGGUUUAGAUGUGUACUCCUUUCCUCUUAGCCUGGUUUUAUGUGUGCUAUCCUGUGUCAACAGCAGUGCCAACCCCAUUAUUUAUUUCUUCGUUGGCUCCUUCAGGCAUCAACGGAGGAAACGAAAGCAGACCCUGAUGCUGGUUCUCCAAAGGGCUCUGCAGGACUUUCCUGAUGGGGCUGAACAUGGAGGAAGUCUUCCUCAGAAAACCGUGGAGAUGUUGGGAAGCAGCCUGCCAUCCUGA